AUGACGUUUACUUACGUUUCUUCUUCUAGGAUCAGCUCUAAUAUUGCAGCCGCCGUGUAUUGCUUCCAAAUACGAAGAAGCUUGCUUGGAUUCGCCAAGCUGAAAAGAAAGACAUUAAGUUUGGUUUUCUCCAAAUCUGGUCGCAGGAUCAGCUCUAAUAUUGCAGCCGCCGUGUAUUGCUUCCAAAUACGAAGAAGCUUGCUUGGAUUCGCCAAGCUGAAAAGAAAGACAUUAAGUUUGGUUUUCUCCAAAUCUGGUCGCAGGAUCAGCUCUAAUAUUGCAGCCGCCGUGUAUUGCUUCCAAAUACGAAGAAGCUUGCUUGGAUUCGCCAAGCUGAAAAGAAAGACAUUAAGUUUGGUUUUCUCCAAAUCUGGUCGCAGGAUCAGCUCUAAUAUUGCAGCCGCCGUGUAUUGCUUCCAAAUACGAAGAAGCUUGCUUGGAUUCGCCAAGCUGAAAAGAAAGACAUUAAGUUUGGUUUUCUCCAAAUCUGGUCGCAGGAUCAGCUCUAAUAUUGCAGCCGCCGUGUAUUGCUUCCAAAUACGAAGAAGCUUGCUUGGAUUCGCCAAGCUGAAAAGAAAGACAUUAAGUUGCUAUUCAAAGAGUUUUGAAUCCUCCUUUGAUUGGUCUAAAGCCUUUGGAGAUUUAGAAUGUUUUGAAUCUUCUUCAACCCCUUUCUCCUGA